UGAACAUUUCCUGUAAGAAGAGAGAAUGGCGCAGCAAGUUUAUCUCAAAGAGAAGCUGAUCUGUUCGAUCUGUUUGGAUCUGCAGAAGGAUCCGGUCACUAUUCCUUGUGGACACAGUUACUGUCUGGAAUGUAUUGAGAACUUCUGGGGAGAGGAACAAAAAGCUCUCAGCUGUCCUCAGUGCAGACAAAGCUUCACUUCAAGGCCUGUCCUGGUAAGAAACACUAUUUUAGCAGAGUUGGUGGAGGACGCAAGAAAAGCAGAGCUUCAACCGUCUUCAUCUGAGCGUUCUCCAACUGGACCAGAACAUGUCGACUGUGAUUUCUGUGAAGGAAAGAAGCUGAAAGCUGCCAUGUCUUGUCUGACCUGUUUGGCUUCUUACUGUGAGCAGCACCUCCAGCCCCAUUUUAGGGUUGCUGGGUUAAAGAAGCACAAGCUGGUCAAAGCCACUCUAAAGCUUCAGGAGAACAUCUGUCCUCGUCAUGAUGAAGUGAUUAAGAUCUUCUGCCGCACUGAUCAGAAGUGUAUUUGUAUUCUCUGCUCCAUGGAUGAACACAAAGGUCAUGACAUGGUGUCUGCUGCAGCAGAAAGGGCUGAAAGACAGACAAAGCUGGGACUGGAUCGACAAAAAGUCCAAGAGAGAAUCCUCAAGUUAGAAGAAGAUUUAGAAGAGCUUCAGCAGACGGUGGAGACCAUCAAUCUGUCUGCUGAGAAAAGCAUCAAAGAAAGUCAGAACGUCUUCAAAGGUUUGAUCCGUCUCUUGGAGCAAAAAUGCUCAGAAGUGGAGCAGAAGGUCAAAUCCUAUCAGAUGGAGGAAGUGAGGAAAGUGGAAGAACUCCAGGAGAAGAUGCAGCAGGAGAUCACCAAACUGAGGAAAACAGAGGCUGAGCUGGACCAGCUCUCAUCUACAGAAGAUCAUCUCCAUUUUCUCAACAACUACUCCUCCCUGUCAGAUCUGAGUGUCUGUACAGACUUAGCCAGCUUUCAACAAGCUCAGCACUGCUUUGAUGAUGCUCUCAAAGCUGUGUCUGAGGCCACAGAGAAGCUGGAGGAGACUCUCAGAGACCAGACCACAAAGAUUUCACACACACUGGAUGUUAUUCUGUUUGAAGACUUCAGAUCCAGAGAGGACUUCAUGAAGUACUAUCAUCAGAUCACACUGGAUCCAAACACAGCAAACACACUUAUAUCUCUGAGUGAACAGAACAGAACAGCAACAUUGACACUUGUAAGGCAGAAAUGUUCAAAUCAUCCAGACAGGUUUGAUGAAUGGAUUCAGGUUCUGAGUGCAGAAGGUCUGACUGGACGUUGUUACUGGGAGGUGGAGUGGAGCGGGGAGGUUGAUGUGUCAGUUGCAUACAAAGAUAUCAGUCGUACAGGAACCCGUGAUGAAUGUGGGUUUGGAUGUAAUGAUAAAUCCUGGGCAUUGAUGUGUUCAUCCACUGGAUAUCAAUUUUACCACAACAAGAUCAGUGUUUCUAUUUCAGCUCCUCAAUCCUCCAGAGUUGGAGUUUAUUUAAAUCACAGAGCAGGAACUUUGUCUUUCUACAGCGUUUCUGACUCCAUGACUCUCAUACACAAAGUCCAGACCACAUUCACUCAGCCUCUGUAUGCUGGAUUCUGGAUUUGCUUUGGAGGAAUGAUCAGGUUGUUGGAUUAAAGUAAAAAUCAGUCACUGAUCUGUGAGGCUCAAUGAUGAAAUAUAUCUGCAGUGUAGAAAACCAAAAAUCUCAAAUCUAAUGUAUAACUAAUAAUAAUAAUGAGUAAAUAAUAAUGUAACAUUUAAUCUUUUUUUAAAAUAGUUUUUGUUUAUCAAACAAAACAACAGACAAAACACAGGGUUUAUUGUGUGAUUAAAAUGUGAAAAAAUAU